CCUCAUGUUUAUUUUUUAUUUGAAUAAUAAAAAAAAAUGCUAAAGAAGAGAGAAAAAACAUAAAAAAAAAUUAGAUAAAGAAACUUCCCUAAUAGUUUAAUUUCCUUCUCUCAACUUUUUUCAUGCAUAAUUAAUUAAGAGGUGAAAAUUAAUAAAUUUAAUAUUUGAAAACGUUUCUAAGAAAAAUAAGAAUUCUUAAAACAUGGAGAAACCAGAAGGAAAAAAUUGUUUUUAACUCUCAAAUACUACUUUCAACAUCUAAAACCGCUUGCAACAGAAUUUUAGCUCACGUCUAUAAGCUUACACUUGUCACAAUCACCCCAUUCAAUUACUUCAUGAUCGUAGAAUCUAACUGAACUUCAAAUCAGAUGAUCAGGUUGGACCCAUUCUUCCAAGAACAAACAGGCAUAUUAAUCUCAUCAGAUGACAACCAUUUUCAAACCCUAAAAUGCUGUUUUGUCUGAAUCAGAGAGAACUUCAAGUCAUCUCAUUGUAGAUAUGUACUGACCCAGAAGAAGAAGAAGAAGGAAGAGGAAAAGGUUUAUUUGACUAGUGAUCAGAAUAUAUGGAUUCAGAAGAAGAAAUACUGAGUCCAUGUGUUUCGGAUUCUGAUGUUGAUGAUAAGGAUUUGUGGAGGGUAGAGAUUGGUGAAGAGGUGAAGAAGCAACUGGCGUUAGCUGGACCUCUAACAAUUGUUGGUGUUUUGCGAUACUUGACACAGGCUGUGUCUUUGAUGUUUGUGGGUCAUCUUGGAGAAUUACCUCUCGCAAGUGCUUCCAUGGCUGCUUCCUUUGCUUCCGUCACUGGUUUCAGCCUUUUGAUUGGAAUGGGAAGCGCAUUGGACACCUUGUGUGGUCAGGCCUAUGGAGCAAAACAUUAUCACAUGCUCGGCAUUCAUAUGCAGAGAGCCAUGUCUGUUCUUUUACUUGUAAGUGUUCCUCUGGCUUUCAUCUGGGCCAAAACUGAGCACAUUCUUAUGAACCUUGGCCAAGAUCCAUAUAUUUCAAGGGGAGCUGGGCGGUAUGUUUGGUUCAUGAUGCCUACACUAUUUUCCUGUGGAAUUCUACAAUGCCUUGUUAGAUUUUUGCAAACUCAGAAGAUUGUAUUUCCAGUGAUGCUAAUCUCAGCAAUUACUACUUUAUUUCACUUCCCCACUUGCUGGAUCCUGGUUUUCAAGACUAGCCUCGGCAGUGCAGGUGCUGCCUUGGCCUGUUCAAUCUCUUCUUGGAUCAACGUGUUCCUGUUAGUACUUUAUGUCAAGUUCUCACCUGCCUGCAAGCAAACUUGGACUGGCGUUUCUGAAAUGAAUAUUCAAGAUGUCCUUAGCUUUCUAAGAUUAGCCGUUCCUUCAGCCUCUAUGGUCUGUUUAGAGUUCUGGUCAUUUCAAGUGUUGAUUCUCAUUGCUGGUAUUCUUCCUAAUCCUCAGCUGGAAACAUCAGUAUUGUCAAUCAUGUUAGUGUCGUUCUCGUCUUUAAUGGUUUUAGACCUUACAAUAUGUUUCCCCAAAACUCAACAUUAUAAGAUUAAUAACUUCAAAAUCCAGUCCCUAGCUCAACUAAAUUUUUAUACAUACAAUUCCAUACUUACACUUCACUUGGUAAUUUUUGUUCAUGUCUUCAGCCUCACUACAUGUGCAAUGUUGUUCAAUAUAUACUUGGGAAUAGGCAGCGCUGGGAGUAUAAGGAUUUCAAAUGAAUUGGGCGCUGGGCGACCACAAAAAGCAUACUUGGCAGUACAUGCUGUGCUAAUCCUGGCCAAUGUGUUCGGAAUGCUGCUUGGGUCGAUCAUGUUUUUGUUGCGUCGUACUUGGGGCUACUUGUUUAGCAAUAAAGAGGAAGUAGUGAAAUAUGUUGCCUCCAUGAUGCCUUUGCUAGCUACUUCAGCCUCAUUGGAUGCAAUCCAGUGUGCACUUUCAGGUAUUGUUAGAGGAUGUGGGUGGCAGAAGAUCGGAGCCAUUGUCAAUCUGGGAGCUUAUUACCUUGUUGGUAUCCCUUGUGCUCUUCUUUUUACAUUUGACUUUGGCCUUGGAGGGAAGGGGCUUUGGAUGGGGAUUCUAUGCGCGCUCUUUCUGCAAAUGUUGUGUCUUCUUGUUGUGACUUUACAAACUAAUUGGGAGCAACAGGCAAAGAAGGCUGAAGCUGAGGUCUGCAGGUCAAGGUAUAUGGAUUAUGUUCUAAGAUAGGCCUGAUUAGAGCUACUUCUUCCAUGUAACAGUCCUUACAAAUGAUUUAAUUUGUAGAAGACUGAGACAAAAUGUAGUUGUAAGGGUGGAAAAUGAUUUAUGUUUUACUCAUACCUAAUGUUUCCUGAAGUAUAUCCUAUAAUAAUAUUCAUUCUUAUGCAGUUAGGAAAUCAGUGACAGGAUUUCAAUCUCUGGACAUCAUCCUUGUACAUCAGACAUGUUUGUGAUUUUAUGUCAAGAAAACAUCCCACUCUUUUAACACAUAUUUCAACAUUUACGACCACCCUAACCCUAAUUAAGUGCCUUAAUAACCAUCAUGACUAGUGGGUAUAAUGAGGAAACUUCAAUGCUGCAUCCUCAAAAUGGUUGUUCUUUCUGCAUAAUUGUCCUUCCCUUCCCUCUCUCAUAUGAUGACUUCGCCAUUAUAUGGUGAAAACACUCUCUUAGGCCAACACUGACACUAAGAGACGAAAGCUAGGAGAGCGAAUGGGAUUAGAUACCCUAAUAGUCCUAUCUAUAAACGAUGCAUACUAGGCGCCAUA